AUGGCCUGUACCGAAUGUCGGCAACAGAAGAUCCGGUGUGACCGGCUUGAUACUUUCCCAGACCCGUGCUCCCGCUGUCGUCGGGUUGGCGUUCAGUGUGUCUAUUCGAAGGAAUUCAGACGACAACGGCGUCCCACGAAGACGGAGCUGCAGAGCCAGCUAGACUCUUUGCGAAAGCAACUGUGUUUGUCGUCCAGCAAUGGCUCUCAAUCGGUCCAAGUUCAGGAAGUCGUUGUCCCUCCAGCUGACAUUUCGUCUCCGUCAACCGCUGCCAUACAGACGCCCCUUGUGCCAACCCAACGACAGGACUCUACCAACAUUUUCUCUCGCGCCUCUCCGUCGGCGUCAGUCCCAGUUUCCAUUGACCAUGAGCCUGCCAGUAGUCUCCAGCAGAUAUCCAGCCCAGACUGCCAGACAUCACCUCAAAGUCUGGAUGACCUCCAAAUCACUGCUCGGGAUAUUGACCACUGUUUCGCAUUAUUCAAAGAUCAUUGCAUGAUUUACCUGCCCAUGGAUGGGAGCCUCAUGGUUCCCAAUGAAUGCCACCAACAAUCACCACUCUUAUUCUGGACAAUCGUCGCGGUGGGCUCCCGUAAAUACGCUGACAAUCCAACCCUCAUUAUCUUGCUUGGUCCCAAAGUCUCCAAGCUGGCCAAGCUGGCCUUGUUCGCGCAGGAACCCGUUCUCUUGACCAUACAGGCAUUCCUCUUAUUGUGCUCAUGGCCAAUGCCUUUCGAAGCCCUGAGCAAUGAUAUCACUCCAGUUCUCGCUGGAGCGGUCCUACAACUAGCUACUACCAUCGGACUACAUGUUUCGGGUGUUGGGCAAGAGUUUGCACGAACUAGAGUCAAUCAAGAUCCCACCUACCGCAUUGCACGUGGCAAGCUAUGGACUCUAUGCGUAAUUGUCUCUCAAAGGAUUAUCACGGUGAAUGGAACACCUCCACUUGUGAUCCCUGACACAUAUGGCGACGAUUCAGAGGAACUCAGCUCUUUCGUGACAUCAAGUUUCCGGUUCCAGAAGAAAGUCAGCGAAUUUCUCAGUAUGACCAUCCUUUACAUUCAGAAUCACGCGCUGUACAAGCCUGCAGACGAGUUAGCCCUUGCGCUUGACCCGAUAAUUCGCUCUGCUGUGGAUCGGCUAGUUCAAUUAGAGGCCGAUUCACCAGAACGCAUAGAUCGGUUCUAUGUCCUAUCAGCUCAACUUCAUCUCCUAAGCUAUCACCUAUUCAAGCACCGAUCUGCAAUCGAAGACGCUACACUAUUGGCAAUGUACGAACUCGCGUACAGGACGAUUGAGCUCGCAAUGGAGCUAGAUGCGGAGCUCAGCAUGGCUGAAUACGGGCCUAUAUACCUCACGAAGUUCCUGCAUAGCGCAGUGAUUACCAUUUUACGUUUGGGAAGAGCCGGGAUUGCUCAACAGCUGGAUCUGGAGCGCGGCCAGCGCGCCUACUUCGCAGUAAUCAAUUACCACAAGAGACACGCCGUGCGCCCAGACGACGCGUUUGCUCGGUUCAGCAUUAUCCUCACCAACUUAUGGACCAGCAGGAAAGUCUUCCAGUAUUCGAAUGGCCUUGUGGAUAGUCUCAGGGUCAGAAGCAAGGCCAGACUGGGAAUGAGUAUGGUUUACGACUGCUUUUGGUGGUGGCGACAAGAAUUUGGAGGGCAAAGCAAUGUAUAUGGAGACAACCAUGUGGACGAAAAUACCAACCCUGCUCUUGACCACUUCGCUCCCGGCUUGGACAACGACCAGCUGGACCUGGUCGAUUUGGAUUUGACCCCAAUACCAGACCUACAGUGGCCUGUCUUUGACAAGUUCUUUACCGAAAAUUGGCCGAGUCUGGAUUUAGAUAUAGGAAUAUCAAAACAGUGA